UCUUUUACCCAGACGCGGGUUUGUACCGAAAGGUGGCCCGUUUGACGUUUUACCGUUAGCUUCUCGAAACUCCUCGUUGUUUGGUGUACUUCGCUGGCGGAUCCGAGAGUCGCCGUGCCGAAGGAGAAGAUUCUUGAAAGUUCCCCGCAAUCCGAAGUGUAUCAAGCCUCUGCCAAAGGGGGGCCUCGGAUCGGGUUCGUUAUUAUUUAUCGCGAACAGAGAAGAAAAGAACGGAAUUUUGGGGGUCUACUGCAUGUAAAAGCACCCCACCAGAAGAGCCACAAGGCUUAGCGGCUUGACGGAGCGAUCAAUGUGCGGACAACUUUACACGGGAAAUCCGAGAAACGGGCCGACCGGCCACUUUUAGCUGCUGUUUAUUUGUAUGUAAUUCGUCCUAAUUUAUUUCGUUACAGUUUCCAAAAUCUUUUAAAACCUCAAGUGCGAGUCUUUAUCUUUGACAGUUCGGUUUGGCUAGUACACGUUUUGGUGUAACCUUGUAAGUCACUCGAAAACCCUAAAAAAAAAAAAAAAAGUUUUUUUCUUAAAAUUUAUGUAUUAAGCCAUUUUAAUAUUUGACGUCACACGGCAAAUUAAAACAGGCAUUUUUCCCUUAACGUCGCCGUAUUAAGAUAUUUUAAUCGCUGCUGGGUGGUCGAUCUCGUCGUUCUAAAUUAGGAACUUGCUGCCCCUCCACACACAGACACAAACACUUCGACACAUCGCUGCUAAAACUCGGGCGAUCAUGGACGAAAACCGCAACCCUGAGGAGUACCUGCUGGAUUUUGGAAACAAGGAGCAGUGGGACCUGCACACGGAGCUGAAGAACCUGCAGAAUCGCAUCCGCCACAAGUCAGGUACCUGGGAUUCCAGUAACUAUGAUGUUGUACCAGAAAUAGAGUCCCUGUCACGCCAGGAGCAGUCUGAGCCCAGCCCGCUAAGUUCAUCCACUGGUCACAACAUUCGAAACAGACGCCUGGCGACUGCAGGAAACAGCGGAGGAGGAGGUGGGGCCGCAUUAUUAGGGGUUGGGGGUCGGAGCUCUGGGACCCCUGUCCCCUAUAAUAGCCACUAUCACCACCACCAUCAUCACCACCACCACCAUCAGCCACAGCAGGAUGGCCGCCGCUCCCCCCGGAUUUGGAAUGAGUACCGGAAGGACAGGGACCGUAGGUGGAGUAGCGGAAAAAUGUGGGAGAACAGCCAGCGGCGCUCCUGGAACCACUCGCAUGGAGGCGGUGGCGAGGCCACAGGGGAGAAGGUCGCUGCCCCGGGCACACAAACCAAACCGGAGAAAAUCAAAGUGGACGAUGUCUCUGCCUGGACCCUGUUCAAACCCCCACCGGCAUUCCCUGUGGAUAACAGCAGCGCAAAGAUUGUCCCCAAAAUCAGCUAUGCCUCUAAGGUCAAGGGCAACCUGCAGCAUCGGCAGGCAGGGUCUGGCUCUAUGGGGGGCGAGGAGCCCCAGAGUCUGGGGGCCAUUUUUCAAAACGAGUGGGGACUUUCAUUUAUUAAUGAGCCAAGUGGCUCGGAAAACACGGACCCAGCUCAGGAGUUGAACAGCAAGACAGACAGUGACCCUGUCACACAACCCGCACCUCACUUUGGAAACGGGGUGACACCUGAGCCCCCUGCCAUAAUGGACACAGAUAGGUUGGCUCGCCUACCCACCCCGUCCCAGGAGCCCGAAGAACCCUGCACAGAGCAACCCCCAGAGAUGCAUUACAGUCUGAUGGAGGCGCUGCGCUACCACGCCCAAGCCUGGGAGCAGACCUGCAUGAGGCACAAGCAAGAUCCCAAACUGGUCAUUUGGUACGAGGAAUCGCUGGAGCAGCCGGCCUAGCAGACAUCAUAUGAGCACGAAACCCUUCCCGUGAAGAAGAGUCCAGAUAAAGACCCCUGUUGUCCCCCAGCC